AGAACUGAGCAUCGGUCACUGAUCGGGAAAACAUGCCGGCCCGGACGCGGAGCGGGAAGCGAGGGUAACCUCAGACAUACACUUGCCUUUGUCAUCCACUUACUUCUUUCACGUGGAUGUUGGCGAUGCUAUUCCGAACUCAAGCGAUGUAUCUCAGCAAGGACUGCUUGCAUAUGUCGGCAGUCACGAUGUUACGCUACGAGACAUACGGAGUACACCUCAGUUUCAGCGUCGCAUGGCUUGACCAUGCUCAAUCUCUUGUUGAUGAUGUUGAAUGACUGACUAUAAAAGCUGACGAGAGACAUCGUUUUACGAUGGAUCAGCAGGCGGAAAACCCCUCCCUCUACCCGGCUGUUUGUCUCUUUGCGAGCACAUUGCGAAGAUGAAGAGAGCACUAGGCUUGAGUGUCGCAACCUCCGCAGCCCUGCUUCUCGAUGGAGUGCUGGCAGCAGCAGCAACAUCUGGCCGCUUCAAUGUUCUGGCCAUGAACGUCGCUGGCCUGCCCGCCAUCCUGCAAGGCAAUGGUGUGCCCGGCGACAAAGCAACGAACGCCGGGCUGAUUGGUUCCAAGUUUACCCAGUACGGUUAUGAUGCCAUCCACGUCCAGGAGGACUUCAACUACCACGCCUACCUCUAUGCUACCGACAACCAUACUUACAGGACAGCCACAUCCGGCGGCGUGCCUUUCGGGGAUGGCCUCAAUACCCUGUCCAAGUAUGACUGGGUCAACUUCAGACGCAUCAAAUGGGAUCAGUGCUCCAUCGGCUCCGGGGACUGUUUGACACCAAAGGGCUUCACCUUCAUGCGGCUGGCUCUGUCUCGCUCAAGCGACAACACGACGGCGGUAUACGUCGACUUGUACAACAUCCACACCGACGCGGGCGUCGAAGCCGGUGACAUCACCGCCCGUCAGGCCAACAUCAACCAAGUUGCAGCCUACAUCGCCGCAUGGAGCACCGGCAACGCCGUGGUAGUCUUCGGCGACACCAACAGCCGGUACAGCCGGACAGACGACACGGCCGUCCGCUCGCUGCUUGCCAGCGGCUUCACCGACCCGUGGGUGCAGCUGCAGCGGGGUGGCGUGGUCCCGACCGCGGAGAACCUGUGCGCUAACCCGAGUACCGUCCACACAUGCGAGACGGUCGACAAGAUCUUCUACCGGUCCUCGCCGCUCGUGACGCUAAGCGCGACAGAGUUUCGUUACGAGAGCACCCGCUUCCUGCAGGCCAACGGCAGCAUCCUGUCGGACCACAACCCCAUUUACGCCGACUUCAUAUGGUCGGCCGGCGCAUCGCUGCGGCAGAGCGCAUUCUUCGGGGGCGACUACGGCGCGUGGUUCAGCGACGCGCCCACGCUCGCGAGUAAGACAUCAACAACCGGGAAGCCCAAGCCGGCAACCCUGACCUUCCGCGGCGCGUCGCGCCUCGACAGCGUCGGGCUAAUGCUGACUGACGGCACCACCUUGACGCACGGCGGUACGAGCGGGACCGCGGCGUCGCUCGCGCUGGGCGCGUCCGAGUACUGGGUGGAGGCGAGGCUGUGCAAGGGCGAGAAGGACGGGAAGACGCGCAUUUUCUACAUCAGGGCGGCGACCUCGUCCGGACGCGCCCUGGCGGCGGGCACGGCGACGGCGAGCUGCGCAACGUUUGUGGCGCCCGGGGGAUGGCAUAUCGUCGGCUUUGUUGGGCAGGCUGGGGAUGAGGUGGACCAGCUUGCGUUUGUCUACGCACCGAAAUGAUGAGUUUGUUGGCAGUCCUCCAUGGCUCAAAUGUUGUCGGGGAAAGUCCCUUUGACCCACAAAGGUCCUAGCAAAUAUCUAAGGGGUGUGUCCCCUACGGUGCUCCACGCAGUACCCAUAUAACCUGAAGGUGCUCCAUAUGCUAAUCUAACUCUUCAUGAG